AUGACACAACUUCUGCGUCGAUUUUCUUCAAAUGCUGUUAAUGACAACAGUACCUCUUCUAAUUCUGGCGAUGGCCAUAUUUCAGCCUCGUUUCUCGAGGAUGUUAGCAAAAACUCGAGCGGAACUACAAGGUAUGAACAGCUUGAGAAACGACAGAGAUGA